AUUUUAACAUAUUAAUCAAAUAUCCAUUUACCGUUGUGCGGUACACGAAUUCGAUUUAGACAUUUCACUCCCCUCGUUGCUGUCACUAGCGUCAAACGGUAAAUGCUAUCUUAUCAUUUCUUAUCUCGACAGUUGUGCAAAGAAACGGUAAACCGAAUCGUAUCGUACUGUAAAUUGAACAGUUUCGAAGUUCAAUGUAAGAAGGAAAGGUUAAACAAUAGUUAGUUUCAGUGUUUAAUUGAAAACAAUUAAAAGUUUAAAAGAUAUUGUGCAGUGUGUGAACAAUGGGAAGCAUUUUUUCCAAAAAUAAACAACCUAAAGGUGAAAAAAAGAAAUCGUCCAUAAGGGGGCCGGAAAUGGAUUCCAACGGGUACAUCACGAAAAGUUCGUCCGUAAAAAUGACGAAACAAAUACAGAUAUCGCAAACGGUACAUACUACUAGAACUUCAACAAAUUCUAUUACCUCGGAAACGAUCAGAUCUUCCGGUACGGGAAUCAGACCGAUAAUGCCUUCGCCUUCAUAUACACCCGUUUACAAGCGACCUUCACUUAUCGUAUCGGCCGAUGCGUCUGUUGUGCGAAGUCCGAGUAAUACUCAACACAAAGAAAUUAGUAGGCCAGCAAUUUUACCAGCUAAAACUACCACCUAUCCUCCUGCAAGGCACGGUAAUGUGUACGACCUGUCAAAAAAAGCGUAUGUGCUUGUGUUUCAUCAUUACAAAUUCGAGAAAAGUCAACAUAACAGAGACGGUAGCUUGAAAGACAUGGAGAAAAUCAAAAAGAUCUUGCAAAAUUAUCGUUGCGACAGUCUUGAUAUUAAUGAAAACUAUACUUUACGCAAAGUGCAAAAGAAAAUGGAAGAGAUAUCAAACCAAGACUUUACGAAAUACAGCUGCCUGAUUGUUUUCAUCAUGAGUCACGGUGGUGUGAACGAUACAAUCAUGGCACAUGAUGGAUAUAUGUACUCAUUUCAUACCGAUAUUGUGGAGCAUUGCACCUCAAACCGUACGCUGAACGAUAAACCGAAAAUAUUCGUCCUGCAGGCUUGCCGAGGAGAUGCAAAGAUCGUCACUGAUGCAACGCGCUCAAUGAGUCACAAGAUCGACAUAGUUGCCUUUCAAAGCUCGUACCAUGGAGCUGUAUCAUACCGUCACACAGAUGAAGGAAGCUUCUUUAUGCAAGCCUUUUUGCGCUUGUUGGAUGAAAACAAUCAGCAAAGUAUUAUCAACAUUAACACUUUACUCAACAGAGAGUUUCAUGCGAAGGGCAUUCUACAAACACCAACACUUAUGACAACGCUGCAGAAAGAACUAAUAUUUGGUAAAUUGCAUCGAAAGCCUUAGUUCAAAUCUCUUCAUCAAAGAUCGCACAUGGAAAGUACAAUACCCUGCGUGGUAAACAAACAACAAAGCGUCAGCUAAACAAAGAAAUGAUAUCAUACAGGCAAAAGCAUUAUGUCGAUAACUUUGCUUUGUUGCAAGUUGCAUAAGUACGGAGGUUAUUGCUACUGACAACGAACAAAAGAUGCAAGCAACGGUUAACUCAACACGUUAUCAAAACUCUUUGCUUUAUCAAACAUUAUUGAGAUUAUACAAUGAAAUCCACAACGCAACAGAAAGACAAGGAAUCCGAUAACAUCUAAGUAGUGGAGAUUGCCUUGAAGUCAUAAUAUAGCGAUAGAAGUUUUCUUAUGAAUGUGAUGUGGGAUAAGAAAAAUAACAGAUACAAUGUACAUAACAAUAAAACAGAAUAAAUGUCAAUUAGUAAAAAUUA